AUGUCGUUUACUGGGACCCAACAGAAAUGCAAGGCUUGUGAGAAGACAGUGUAUCCUAUGGAACUUCUAUCAGCAGACGGGGUUGCUUACCAUAAAUCUUGCUUCAAGUGUUUUCACUGUAAAGGCACGUUAAAGCUAAGCAAUUAUUCAUCGAUGGAGGGUGUAUUGUACUGUAAGCCUCACUUUGAGCAGCUGUUCAAGGAGACCGGUAACUUCAACAAGAAUUUUCAGUCACCUGCAAAGUCAGCUGAGAAGUUAACUCCUGAACUGACAAGGUCACCUAGCAAAGCUGCUGGCAUGUUUUCAGGGACACAAGAAAAGUGUGCUACAUGCGGUAAAACUGCUUAUCCACUUGAGAAGGUUACAGUGGAGAGCCAAGCUUAUCACAAGUCAUGUUUCAAGUGCUCUCACGGUGGCUGUGCCAUAACACCAUCAAAUUAUGCAGCACUUGAGGGCAUAUUGUAUUGCAAGCAUCACUUCUCCCAACUUUUCAAGGAAAAGGGCAGCUACAACCAUCUGAUCAAAUCUGCAACAAUGAAGCGUGCAGCGGCUUCUGUGCCUGAGGCUUAA